AUGGGCGACAUCACUGCAGGUCUCGAAGGUCUCAGCAUGACCGACCGCGUUGCCGCUGCGGUGAAGAAUUUUGAGGAGCAGCAAGUAUGGUCCAACGGACAGUGGCUUGGAGCUCCAGUACAGAGAGCGGAGGAUGCUGCGGAGGGAGCAUUCUUUGACGAAGAAGCUGCUUUGGCUCAUUGCCUGGGUUUCGAUGAUUGGACGUCCUGCGUCACGUCCCUUGGCCUCACUAGGCCACUCGACAUUCUGACACGCUCUCAUGAUCUCGGCCAACAUCAUGCCGGGACUUCGCCGCCAGUCCCAGCCGAGGAGCUGAGAGGCUUCUUGCACCGGCUCCAGAUUGGUGUCAACGACCCCUUCGACAAAGACGAUCCAGACUACGCGGCCAUACAAUUGCCUGCCAACUACGUCAGCUUGCUAGCCGUGACUGAUGGCAUCUAUGACAACGAUAUGCGCACAUCAGGCAUCUGCGGUAUUCGUGGUGUGAGGGGAUCAGACCCAGAAAGAAUGACACACACCGAGAUGGGUGAGGACGCCAUAGACGAAGACGGCUGUCUGCUUCCACCACUGGGUAGGGACAUGUGGCGCGAUGGCUGGGAGCUGGGAGCUGGCUUCCAGCUAGGGCAGGGGACGCCGGAAAAUCAAAGCUUCAUGAUCUACUACUAUUGCUCACGGGGCGAGCAAACUUCCAGGGGACCAACGCUCGAGGGUGAUGAGAUUAAGGCUGAGCAGCGUGAGUGGAAAUGGCGGAUCUUCUUUGCUCAGGAGGUGUCUCCACGUCUUCGAUGCACCGAUGAAGAGCGAGAGCGCGUCUUCGAGGGUAUCAUCGAAUGGCUCGAGUGGUAUGGAGACUGGUGGGCAAGGGAAUUGGUGGAGAUGACCGAGUAUCCUGCAUGGCGUGAGGAUCAAGUACGUGAGGCAGAGGCGCUUUACGGACAAGAUGCGCAAGUGAACUCAGAGGAUGAGAAUGAAUUCGGCGGAUGCGCUUGCGGAAUGUGCCUUUCCGCUGCUCCAACAUGCACGAGUGCUUUGAAGUGA